AAACUGAGAUUCCAGUUGAACUGUUUCCAGCUACGUUGCAAGAUGUCUCCCACUUGGUUAAUACUGUGCAUCGGUGCCAUACAUCUAAGCCAGGCAAAUGUUAUAUUUCACUUUUCGCUGGAUUUCAAUGUAAAACAGCCGGAAAACUCAACUGAACCUAUAGAUAAAACCAUUUUGGUGGAUCGCAAUCAGGUUUUCAUACAGGAUAGUAAAGUAAACUCAUCGUGGCUGGAGCAGGAUCGAUAUACUGAGGAAGCGUUCAGCCUAUUGAUCGAUACUAAGCGCGUGGUGCAAGAACUUAAUGCCGAGCUCUCGCCCCUAGUGGGGCGAAGCAAUGAACUGGCUGCUCGCCUCAAACAAACCAUGCGCUAUGUAAACGAUGUGGAUGCCUGUCUAGAGAAUGGCCAUUUCGGCCAGCAGGUGGAGCAGCUGCGCAAGUAUCUGACACUUGUUGAUACCCUAAAAUUGCCAAACAACACGGGCGGGGUGCGCACAUUGGAGUUUGUGCUGCUCAAGCUGGCCCUGGACAAGUAUCAAUUGCCAGCAAAGCAUCAGCAGGUCGCCGAGUAUCUGCAGCGGGCGGACGCCGCGUGGACCACAUAUAAAAAUACACAGAUCGUUCUAGCAGAAAGCUAAAAGUAGCAUCGCCACAGUUAAGAAACCCUUCACAAAUAGAUUUCUAGAUUGCUCCAUUUUCCUUUGGGAUUUUGCUCCUAAAUUGCCUUAACGCGAAUAGCCAAGGGAAUUCCAUCUAGCAUCAGAGAGUGGAAUCUACUAUAGCUAAACAAUCUUAAGAUGUAUAUAUAAAUUAUAAAUAUAUGAUGGACAAUGCGUAAGCUAAGUUUAUGUUUAAGAACACAAAAUAUCAGAGACAAUCAAUUUGAACUCGAUUGAAAU